AUGGCGGUGGCGGCGAACAGCACCGGAGGGAACAGCGGGGAUGGAGGUGGAUGCAGCAGUAGUCCCCAGCGUGAUGGCCUCCGGCGUGACAGGGAGCGUCUCAGUCCUCUUCAUCCCCUUGUCAUUCUCAACAUUUCAGACCAUUGGAUUCGUAUGCGCUCCCAGGAGGGGCGGCCUAUGCAGGUGAUUGGGGCUCUGAUCAGGAAACAGGAGGGCCGAAAUAUCAAGGUGAUGAACUCCUUUGAGCUGCUGUCCCACGCCGUGGAAGAGAAGAUUAUCAUUGACAAGGAGUGUUACUACACCAAGGAAGAGCAGUUCAAACAGGUGUUCAAGGAGCUGGAGUUUCUGGGUUGGUAUACCCCCGGGGGGCCGCCUGACCCCUCUGACAUCCACGUCCAGAAGCAGGCGUGCAAGAUCAUCGAGAGCCCUCUCUUUCUGAAGUUGAACCCUAUGACCAGGCACACACAUCUUCCCAUCAGUGUUUUUGAGUCUGUCAUCGAUAUAAUCAAUGGAGAGGCCACAAUGUUGUUUGCUGAGCUGACCUACACUCUGGCCAGAGAGGAAGCUGAACGCAUGGGUGUAAACCACGUAGCCCGAGUGACAGCCACAGGCCGUGGGGAGAACUCCACUGUGGCUGAACACCUGAUAGAGCAACACAGUGCCAUUAAGAUGCUGCACAGCCGGGUCAAGCUCAUCUGGGAAUACGUCAAGGCCUCUGAAGCAGGGGAGGUCCCCUUUAAUCAAGAAAUCCUGCGGGAGGCCUAUGCUCUGUGUCACUGCCUCCCAGUGUUCAGCACAGACAAGUUCAAGACAGACUUUUACGAUCAAUGUAAUGACGUGGGGCUCGUGGCCUACCUUGGCACCAUCAGCAAAACGUGCAACACCAUGAACCAGUUUGUGAACAAGUUCAACGUCCUCUAUGAUUGA